AUGAUGGAACAACGACGAGUACAAUCUUUCACCUCUAGUCCCCACCAAUACGUGGUGGACUAUGCUGGCUCACACCAUCUUUCGAGAUGUGACUCGCAUGAACCCUUGACUUCAAAGCCUAGUCACGGAUCCGCCUCAUUAGAUGCCUUUGAUCCUUGGGUACUUGUGGAACCGCCUUGCGGUAGCCCUCUAUCGACAAGCUCGUCAAUCAGUCAUACUGAGAGCGUGCCCACUCCGCCUUAUACCGGUAUGGCUAUGUACAACCAAGCGGACUCGCCAGCUUACCAACACAUCCGUUCCCUAACCGGCCAUGACGCUUGGUCAGGAGAGCCAGAACCCGUCUGGAGGCCUAGCUACCCCGAUAUGAUCACGCCCAUUCAUACAAACCAACAUCCUGGAGCUCCCCUCUCAUGCGCCUCGUGGGGCUCGCAAGAAUACUCAUUGCCCUACCAAGACGAUCCAACUUGCAACCAACUGCAUCUGCAACCGCUGCAAGGUUACAUCCCCCAAGCUGGCCCUUCAGCGGGAACAACAUACAUGCCGUAUCCUGCAUCAGUUCGCUACUCAGCUGUUGGGAAUGUUGACUCGGCAUCAUACAAGCAAGAGUUGGCCAAGGAUUCUGAAAACAGUGAAAUGGACACUGACUCGGAACCUGAAGACUCUGAAAGCGACGAUGAUGACUCAUCGCAACAAUCCUUCCAUUCUACCUCUCGGGGUUCUGGGGCAAAUUCCAGUGUUAUGAAGCUGGGGAAGUGGAGUACUAUGCCAUGCUCGUUCCCAACUGCCUCGGAACCAAGGCCCUACGUAUGUCAUUUGGAGGAUAAGGAUCAUCCCGGCAACCCAUGCCCGAAGAGAUUUGUACGCCCAGAACAUCUUCGACGCCACGUCAGAACUGUCCAUAGUGCUGUGAGAAAUCACGGUUGUAAAGUGUGUCCCAGGCAUUUCUCGAGGGGAGAUAAUCUUCGAGAUCAUUACUGGACACAUCUGCAACGAGGUGGAAGGAAUGGCAAGAAUGAUAAGAUGAGCUUGCCCGAGCUGAAGGCCUUUCUCGGUCCGAAGGAGAAGCUGCUUGUGAAGCGUCUCAAGGCGAAGCUACACAACACUCAGAUAAAGCAAACGAAGUCAAAGCCUUGA